AUGAUCAUCUCCUACAUUCUUCAUCAUUCUACCACAGUCUUCAUCACUCUACCACAGUCUUCAUCAUUCUACCACAGUCUUCAUCACUCUACCACAGUCUUCAUCACUCUACCACAGUCUUCAUCACUCUAUCACAGUCUUCAUCACUUCAUCACUCUACCACAGUCUACAUCACUCUACCACAGUCUUCAUCAUUCUACCACAGUCUACAUCACUCUACCACAGUCUUCAUCAUUCUACCACAGUCUUCAUCACUCUACAACAGUCUUCAUCACUCUACUCUACCACAGUCUUCAUCACUCUACCACAGUCUACAUCACUCUACCACAGUCUUCAUCAUUCUACCACAGUCUUCAUCACUCUACCACAGUCUUCAUCACUCUACCACAGUCUUCAUCACUCUACCAUAGUCUUCAUCAUUCUACCACAGUCUUCAUCACUCUACCAGAGUCUUCAUCACUCUACCACAGUCUUCAUCACUCUACCACAGUCUUCAUCACUCUACCACAUUCUUCAUCAUUCUACCACAGUCUUCAUCACUCUACCACAGUCUUCAUCACUCUACCACAGUCUUCAUCACUCUACCACAGUCUUCAUCACCCUACCACAGUCUUCAUCACUCUACCACAGUCUUCAUCACUCUACCACAGUCUUCAUCACUCUACCACAGUCUUCAUCACUCUACCACAGUCUUCAUCAAUCUACCACAGUCUUCAUCACUCUACCACAGUCUUCAUCACUCUACCACAGUCUUCAUCAUUCUACCACAGUCUUCAUCACUCUACCACAGUCUUCAUCAUUCUACCACAGUCUUCAUCAUUCUACCACAGUCUUCAUCACUCUACUCUACCACAGUCUUCAUCACUCUACCACAGUCUUCAUCACUCUACCACAGUCUUCAUCAUUCUACCACAGUCUUCAUCACUCUACCACAGUCUUCAUCAUUCUACCACAGUCUUCAUCACUCUACCACAGUCUUCAUCACUCUACCACAGUCUUCAUCACUCUAUCACAGUCUUCAUCACUUCAUCACUCUACCACAGUCUACAUCACUCUACCACAGUCUUCAUCAUUCUACCACAGUCUACAUCACUCUACCACAGUCUUCAUCAUUCUACCACAGUCUUCAUCACUCUACAACAGUCUUCAUCACUCUACUCUACCACAGUCUUCAUCACUCUACCACAGUCUACAUCACUCUACCACAGUCUUCAUCAUUCUACCACAGUCUUCAUCACUCUACCACAGUCUUCAUCACUCUACCACAGUCUUCAUCACUCUACCAUAGUCUUCAUCAUUCUACCACAGUCUUCAUCACUCUACCACAGUCUUCAUCACUCUACCACAGUCUUCAUCACUCUACCACAGUCUUCAUCACUCUACCACAUUCUUCAUCAUUCUACCACAGUCUUCAUCACUCUACCACAGUCUUCAUCACUCUACCACAGUCUUCAUCACUCUACCACAGUCUUCAUCACCCUACCACAGUCUUCAUCACUCUACCACAGUCUUCAUCACUCUACCACAGUCUUCAUCACUCUACCACAGUCUUCAUCACUCUACCACAGUCUUCAUCACUCUACCACAGUCUUCAUCAUUCUACCACAGUCUUCAUCACUCUACCACAGUCUUCAUCAUUCUACCACAGUCUUCAUCACUCUACCACAGUCUUCAUCAUUCUAUCACAGUCUUCAUCACUUCAUCACUCUACCACAGUCUACAUCACUCUACCACAGUCUUCAUCAUUCUACCACAGUCUACAUCACUCUACCACAGUCUUCAUCACUCUAUCACAGUCUUCAUCACUUCAUCACUCUACCACAGUCUACAUCACUCUACCACAGUCUUCAUCAUUCUACCACAGUCUACAUCACUCUACCACAGUCUUCAUCAUUCUACCACAGUCUUCAUCACUCUACAACAGUCUUCAUCACUCUACUCUACCACAGUCUUCAUCACUCUACCACAGUCUACAUCACUCUACCACAGUCUUCAUCAUUCUACCACAGUCUUCAUCACUCUACCACAGUCUUCAUCACUCUACCACAGUCUUCAUCACUCUACCAUAGUCUUCAUCAUUCUACCACAGUCUUCAUCACUCUACCACAGUCUUCAUCACUCUACCACAGUCUUCAUCACUCUACCACAGUCUUCAUCACUCUACCACAUUCUUCAUCAUUCUACCACAGUCUUCAUCACUCUACCACAGUCUUCAUCACUCUACCACAGUCUUCAUCACUCUACCACAGUCUUCAUCACCCUACCACAGUCUUCAUCACUCUACCACAGUCUUCAUCACUCUACCACAGUCUUCAUCACUCUACCACAGUCUUCAUCACUCUACCACAGUCUUCAUCAAUCUACCACAGUCUUCAUCACUCUACCACAGUCUUCAUCACUCUACCACAGUCUUCAUCAUUCUACCACAGUCUUCAUCACUCUACCACAGUCUUCAUCAUUCUACCACAGUCUUCAUCAUUCUACCACAGUCUUCAUCACUCUACUCUACCACAGUCUUCAUCACUCUACCACAGUCUUCAUCACUCUACCACAGUCUUCAUCAUUCUACCACAGUCUUCAUCAUUCUACCACAGUCUUCAUCACUCUACCACAGUCUUCAUCACUCUACCACAACUGACCACGCCCCCUCAGACUGACCACGCCACCCUCGUACUGACCACGCCCCCUCGUACUGACCUCGGCACCCUCGGAUUGACCACGCCCCCUCAUGCUGACCACGCCACCCGCGGACUGACCACACCCACUUCAGAAAGACCACGCCCUCUCAGACUUACCACACCCCCUCAGACUGACCACACCCCCUCAUACUGA